AUGAUUCAAUUCAAAUUGAAGACCACUCCUGGUUUCAACCCUGCUGUCCGAUUCACGCAAAGAAAACCACGGGAUAAAGGCAUUCGAAUGGUUGUGCUCAGCAAUCAGGAACUCAAUCCAGAGCAGGAGAACUUCUGUCUUGACAAGGAUGGUGAAACAAUUGCAAUCACUUUCCGAAAUCCACGAGCCCAUGCUUGGCUUCGAGAUGAUGAAGUGCGCGAGAAAAAGAUAAAUUGGCCUUUCUUCAGUCUUUGCUUUGAGGAAAUAUCGAAAAGCAUUCAGAUUCGGCUGCAGUUCAAAUGGCGUAAAGAAACGUUUGUUCUAACUAUA